GGCUCACAGCGAAGUUUGGUCGUGGGGAGGAUGAUGGCAGGUAUGGCCUCCAGGAGAGCCAGGCAGAUAGUGGUCAUUUCGGUCGCUCUCUUGGCCUGGCUCCGGUUCGAUGCUGGAUUCGUGCCCCCAGCAGUUCUGCCGUUGAGCACCGCGGCCCUUCCAUUACUUCUUGGUGCUCUUCCGGCUUCCGCUGAAGUGGCCGAAGGAGGGGCAGGGUUCCAAGUCAUCAUGAUGGCCCCGGUCAUUAGCCUUUUUGCCAUCGUGGGUGUAGCAAUGGUUGGCGGCUUUGUCCUGGGGAUUUUUGUGCCACCUGGAGAAGGUGACUAUGGCAACAUGGAAACAACUCUGGCCGAAAGAGAGGCACGUGAACGCGGUUGGCGGCGUGAUGUUUUACGCGGCUACGAUGAAGAAACCUAUGCAGUCGCGCACAUAAAGCGUGCCUGGCUAAAAGCACUUUGCGGUUGGAAGCAGCGCCAAGGUCGAGUACCCCUUUGCGAAGCCCAAGCCACGCCCAAAGAAGGACAUGCCAAAGCUUCCAGGCAAAGCUCCAGCUACACCAGGAACGCCUGGUGCGCCCCCUGGAGCGCCUGGCGCGCCGCCCGGUGCGCCGCCCGGUGCUCCACCGUCACCUGGCGCCCCGUGAGGGCGUCGAUGCGGCGACGGCGAGUCGCUGGGCACCCACGGCGUUCGGACGAAGUCCGAAGAGUAGACGAGUAGCUUCUUGCCACUAGUAGCGAUGGCCUCCACCUAGCUUCUUACUACUAAGGCACUUAGCUACUAGUAGCUUCUUGCUUCUAGUAGCGAUGCACCUUGUUACUAGUAGGUUCCGAGCAUCUUCGGUAGACUGGGUGGACCGAGCAAAAGACUUGGAGACUCACUGGGACGAGUCGGAGCAAAAAGACUGUGUUCGAUGGCAAGAACACAAGAGCACAACAAACAAGCAAUCCUCGAAAAUACCUUGGAAGCAGGAAACGAAAGACAUGAAAUACGGUUUAAAGGUCUGAUGAAACAAAAGCGAAAAGCAGAAAGGACAGGAAGAAAGAUCUGAGCCAAAAAGCAAGACACAAAUGGUCUAAAGGUCUCAGAAAAGUGAAUUGGAAAAUAGAAACACAAACGAAAAACGGACAGAGGUCCAAAGGACGAGCAAAAAGAGGUCCAAAGGUUUAAGGAAAAAAACUGACAUGAAAGAACAACACGGUUCUAACGGGCUGAAUAAAGAAACCGAAAGAAACGAGAACAGAAGGACAGAAAUGGCAUGCCUCAGGAUCUUGAAAUAGAACCGAUAAGAAUUCAGCAAGAAACAUACAGAAAGGUCAGAAGGCCCAAAGGAACGCGGAAAGAAAAGGAGGAAGAACGAAACAGGAAAGAUCACAGACAGGAACAAGAAGACCAAAGAAUGACACACAAUAUAUUAAACCUGUUUAAAGGUCGAAAGAAACAAGAAUUGAAAAAGGAAGAAAGGAAGACAGACGAGAGAUAAUAAGGUUCUUAAGGUCUAAAGGUCUAAAGACG